AUGGACAAAGCAGUGUGUGGAGACUCGCAUCGUGAAUUUUUGCUCCAAGAACUACCACAGGAACAUACCAGGAAACCCGAGAGAACCCAGAGACCCUUUGAAGGAACUGUGAUAACCACUGCAGGCUCCCUGAGAUGCCGAAAAACUGUGAAUCUGCUUGCUUUCUCAAUGAGAAGGCUUGUGGUUUGGGGCAAGUUUUCAGCCCUGGUCACUAGCUGCCUGGAAAUAGACUCGGUAUUAUUGGGGGGGACAGUGGGAGUGAGGCCAGCCUUUAGGACUGUGGGCUACAUGGGAGUGGGGACUGGAGCUGAUGCACUCUUGAAAGUGCCACCUCCUGGCUGGAGGGCAAUCAACCUUAAAACCAGUGCACUAAACAGAAACACAACCAAGGACCCUCACCAGAGUCCACUUCACUCCGCUGCUAUCUCCACUGGAGCAGGUGCUGCAGCUAGGCCCUGCCACCACUGUGCUUGGCUGAGUUCACAAAUAUAUAAGAUUGUCAUUCAGAAAUACCAUACUGUGAAUGGCCACAACUGUGAAGUUAGAAAAGCCCUGUCAAAGCAAGAGAUGGCUAGUGCUUCAUCCAGCCAAAGAGGUCGAAGUGGUUCUGGAAACUUUGGUGGCGGUCGUGGAGGUGGUUUCGGUGGGAAUGACAACUUCAGUCGUGGAGGAAACUUCAGUGGUCGUGGUGGCUUUGGUGGCAGCCGUGGUGGUGGUGGAUAUGGUGGCAGUGGGGAUGGCUAUAAUGGAUUUGGUAAUGAUGGAAGCAAUUUUGGAGGUGGUGGAAGCUACAAUGAUUUUGGCAAUUACAACAAUCAGUCUUCAAAUUUUGGACCCAUGAAGGGAGGAAAUUUUGGAGGCAGAAGCUCUGGCCCCUAUGGCGGUGGAGGCCAAUACUUUGCAAAACCGCGAAACCAAGGUGGCUAUGGCGGUUCCAGCAGCAGCAGUAGCUAUGGCAGUGGCAGAAGAUUUUAAUUAGGAAACAAAGCUUAGCAGGAGAGGAGAGCCAGAGAAGUGACAGGGAAGCUAC